UGUUAAAAAAUAGUAAUUUUUGUAUUAAGUGCGCGAAAUGAGUGUUUUUUUAAUGGCGCCUGAGAAUGUUAUUUUAGUCGAGACCGCCAGGUCGAGACCUAAAAGACAUUCGAAGGCGCCAUUAAAACAUGAAUUUCGCCACGAAAUACAAACAACGUUUUUUCUACAGCCUCCAGAUGAAGAAAAAAGUAACAGAAAUUAGUUGGAACAAAAUGGUCUGAUAAAUCGAGUUGCUUGCAUGGUUACGAUGAUAAAUAAAAGUGAUAGUUGCGAAAAAUUUGUCACAAUAGGUAUUUUUGUUGAAGAAGUGUGAUGGAUUUUAGCAGCGAAAACGAAAUAGAUGCAAUUGCAAGCGCGGCAGUGUCGAAUCUUUUGCCUGCUAAAUCAAGACCGCAGUACGAAAAAACGUAUCUUCAGUUUCGGCAGUGGUGUUCUAUGAAAAAGAUUGAUCAAGUAACGGAAAAUGUUUUGUUGGCGUAUUUGGAAGAAAAGUCUACCACCUUAAAGCCACCAACACUCUGGGCCCUUUAUGCGAUGUUGAAAGCCACCUUAAACGUUAAAGAGAAUAUCGAUACACGUAAGUUUCCGAAGUUAGUGCCCUACCUGAAAAGCAAAAGCGUAGGUUACAGAAGCAAGAAGUCGCAAAUUUUAGACAAAGAAGACAUUAGCAAGUUUAUUAAUGAAGCAGAUGACAAGAUAUAUUUACUGAUGAAGACUGUGCUAAUUUUGGGUAUAUCGGGAGCCCUUCGACGUGAAGAAUUAGUUAAAAUGAAGCUAACUGACAUAGAAGAUAAACAGUCUGUCUUAAUUGUGAAGGUGCCUGAUACAAAAACCCACUGCGAACGAAUAUUUACUGUUUCAAAUUUAGAAAAUAUAGAAAUUGUCAGAAAAUAUAGAGCUUUGCGGCCUCCACGGGCGACUAGUGACCGUUUAUUUUUAAAGUAUACCAACGGAAAAUGUGUGAAUCAAAAUGUUGGAAUUAACAAAAUCGGAGAGAUACCAAGUUUGAUUGCAAAGUGGCUUAACAAAGACGAACCUAAAAAAUAUACUGGUCACUGCUUCAGAAGAAGCUCUGCCACUCUUUUGGCGAAUGCUGGAGGUGAUCUAAUUUCAAUUAAACGUCAUGGGGGCUGGAGAAGCAGCACAGUGGCAGAAAGUUACAUCGAGGACUCUUUGAAUAAUAAAAUUGAAAUUGCCAAUAAAAUUCAACCUUCUUCCUCCACAGAAGAAAACAAAAUCACUCAACCUUCUACAUCGGCUUCUUUUAAUGGCGAAAAUAACUUUCAUUUACAAGCGUCUUCACUCAGGCCUCUGGGGAUAAACGGGGGCACGUUUUCGUCAUGCACAUUUAAUUUUCAUAUGUCAAAGUAAAUAUCUAUUAUUAUUGUUUUGUAA